GCGAUUAACUUACGCAGUAUCAGUUUUGAUGGUACAUCCACAAACGAAAUUGCUUGAUUAAAUAAUAAUUCAUGUUAUUGGAAGAGUACUGACGAUGGAGCUGAACGUUUUUGUAUGGAAAUUUUCGACGCUGAAACCUGAUCCUCGUUUCCAUUAUUCCUCGCUGGGAAAAAAGUGCGAUUUCAUUACUCACAACUUUGCAGAAAUUUUAUCUUCAGGGCAGGAGUAAGAAUGAAGUGAACAGUGAAAAGGCUCCUUCUGGAGAUCCCAAAAAGUUACAAUUUUGAGUUUCGUAUGCAAUUUAAUGGCUACAUUCGUGAGAAAACUGUCGAAAAUUGGUGUUCACUGACCCAUGUCUUUGUCAAAUCGUUGUUUCAUAAAAAAAAUAAAUAAAAAGCGGUAAAACAUCGUCCACGAUCCUUCGUUUAAAGUGUACGAUAGCUAAAGGUCGCGUAACUUACUCACAGAUCAUGGUAAGCUUUUUCGAUCACCCGUUCUACAAAUGGAAUAAAAUCGCCAUGUCAGUCAUCGGCACUUGGCCGGAACAACAUAUUUUUGCGAGGUGUCUAAUACCGACUUUCAUAUGUGCCAAUGUGCUGAGCAUGGUCAUACCCGAGGGCCUCUACCUGAAGAUUACAUGGCCAAACAUCGACGCAUUUUUGGAGUGGGUACCGCCGCUCUGCAUUUGGGUACAAGUCACUGUACAGUUAUUGAACGUCAGUUUUCAACGGGGAAAGUUCAGUGUAAUACUCGACCACAUAUCGUCGGAUUGGGAUCGUUUUGGAAAUUCUCACGAAGCGGAAGCGCUUCGCAAAUGCGCUGCUCACGGAUUUUGGAUCACGAAAACAUACUACCGCUGGAUGUACUCGGCGACCCUCAGCUACCUUUUCAUGCCUGUUCUCAUGCCAAAGAUCGUAGAAGUUUUCGUCCCCUCCAACGGCUCAGAAGAAAACGUUUAUCUCUUCAACACCUACUACGGCGUGAACUCUGACGAUUAUUACUGGUUUUUAUUCGCCCAUGGAUGUUGGGAAUCCUUUUUGGCAAUUGUGGUAAUGGUCACGAACGACGCAAUGUUCUUUGUGAUCGCGGAGCAUUCCUGUGCUCUCUUCAAAGUCGUCGAAAUCAAUCUAGAAAGAAUCUGCUUCCUCGAUGGCAACUCGAAGGACUCUGCACAAGGCAGACACUACAACACCAUUUGUCAUUGCAUCAAUCUCCAUGGAGAAGCAAUAACAUUUACUACCCUCAUCGAUUCUGCUUAUAAUGGAUGCAUGCUAGUGAUAUUAGGAGCAUCCUUGUUGGAGUUGAGCGUCACUCAACUGCAGAUUUUGAUGCACCUCGACGAGCCUGGAGAACUCAUAAGAUUCAUAAGUUUCGCAUCGGCCCAAGUAUUUCGUUUGUAUUUGUUCAGUGUCCCCGGCCAAAAAAUAUUGGACCACAGUUCGUCGAUUUGCAAUAGUGCAUAUUCGGUCGACUGGCAUAACUUGAAACCGAGAGUUCAAAAGUUAUUCAUCUUGAUCAUGAUCAGAAGUCAAAGGCCGUGCGUCAUCUCCGCAGGCUCGGUUUACACCAUCACGAUGGAGAACUUCAGCUCGAUUCUCCAGACGGCCAUGUCGUUCUUCACCGUCCUCUCGUCGAUGCGUUGAUGCUUUACGCAGGUCCAAACAAAUUUUAACUCGUGUAGUGAGCAAUCGAACAUGCGAAUGUGAAAUAAAUAGAUGAG